AUGGGUAACCAGCAGUCUAAUAUGGGCGGUGGCCCUGGUGGUGAUGGACGUGAUGACAAGGAUAAGAAGAAGGACAAGCCCAGAUACGAGCCUCCCCCGCCGCCUACCACCCGUCUCGGACGCAAGAAGCGCAAGGCCGCCGGUCCCAGCACUGCCGCGAAGCUCCCAGAUAUCUACCCUACCUCGAGAUGUAAGCUGCGUUACCUUCGCAUGCAGCGGGUGCACGACCACUUGCUACUCGAGGAGGAAUACGUCGAGAACAUGGAGCGGCUACGCAGAGCUAAGGCUCAGGAAACAAAGGGACCUGUCAGCGAUGGAGAUAUGGAUGUGACCGAUCGAAACGCGGACGAGCGAAGCCGUGUCGAUGACAUGCGAGGCAGCCCGAUGGGAGUUGGUAAUUUGGAGGAGUUGAUUGACGACGACCACGCGAUUGUUUCUAGCGCCACUGGUCCAGAGUACUAUGUAUCAAUCAUGUCCUUUGUUGAUAAGGAUCUCCUCGAGCCUGGAGCCAGCAUUCUUCUGCACCACAAGUCAGUCUCAGUCGUUGGUGUGUUGACUGAAGAAUCUGAUCCUCUCGUGUCUGUGAUGAAGCUUGACAAAGCUCCCACGGAGUCAUAUGCCGAUAUUGGUGGUCUUGAGUCUCAGAUUCAAGAAGUCCGAGAGUCUGUGGAGUUGCCAUUACUACACCCCGAGCUUUACGAGGAGAUGGGUAUCAAACCACCGAAGGGUGUCAUUCUCUACGGUGCCCCUGGUACUGGAAAGACACUGCUUGCGAAGGCUGUUGCCAACCAGACAAGCGCUACCUUCCUUCGAAUCGUUGGUAGCGAGCUGAUCCAGAAAUAUCUGGGUGAUGGUCCGCGCUUGGUCCGUCAAAUCUUCACAGUCGCCGCUGAGCACGCCCCGUCUAUUGUGUUCAUUGACGAAAUCGAUGCCAUUGGCACGAAGCGUUACGAAUCGCAAUCUGGCGGUGAGCGUGAAAUCCAGCGUACCAUGCUGGAGCUUCUGAACCAGCUCGAUGGUUUCGAUGACAGAGGUGACGUGAAGGUCAUUAUGGCCACCAACAAGAUUGAGACUCUCGACCCCGCUCUGAUCCGUCCUGGUCGUAUCGAUCGUAAGAUUCUCUUCGAGAACCCCGACCAAAACACAAAGAAGAAGAUUUUCACCCUGCACACCUCAAAGAUGUCUCUCGCUGAUGACGUCGAUCUGGACGAAUUUAUCAACCAGAAGGAUGAUCUUUCUGGUGCUGACAUCCGUGCCAUCUGUACCGAGGCUGGUCUCAUGGCCUUGCGAGAGCGUCGUAUGCGGGUCCAGAUGGAGGACUUCCGCUCAGCUCGUGAGCGCAUCAUGAAGACGAAGCAGGACGGUGGCCCUGUGGAGGGGCUGUACUUGUAA